AUGACAUCCAUAGACACCCAGCAGCUAGACAAGCUCAUCAGGGCUUCUCUUACUUAUCGAGAUAGGGCCUAUGCUCCCUAUUCGAAGUUCAGAGUCGGCGCUGCUCUCUUGUCAUCAGACGGACAAAUAUUCGGUGGAUGUAAUGUUGAGAAUGCCUCUUAUGGUGCCGGUAUAUGCGCAGAGAGAACAGCUAUUGUCAAAGCUAUCAGCGAAGGUCAAAAUAAGUUUAUAGCAGUCGCUGUAACUUCCGACGUACCUUCCCCAACAACCUCUCCAUGCGGUAUCUGCCGUCAAUUCCUACGUGAAUUCCUCUCACCUUCCAUACCCAUCUAUAUCAUCUCAUCCGAAUACCCAUCCGAAUUACCCUCUUGGCUCGAAAACCUAGAUCAAGACCAGGAAGGAGACGAAGCUAAGAAAUACGUCGUGAAGAUGACGAUGGAAGAAUUGUUACCUAGUUCGUUUGGACCUGAUAAUUUAGGUAUGCAGGGGCCUCAAUAG